AAACGACAAAACAUCUCUCCCAACCUUUGUCAGAAAUAUCUGCAACACAGUUUGUUCAAUUAUUACCGCAAAUAGCCGGUCAUCUUCCGGUCUCUCGAAACCCUAUGAUCACCAGACGUUCGAAGUGGUCAGAGAGAGAAAGAUCACAGAGAAAAAAAUAAACAAAGAUUUCGUUCGAGUGCCGGUGUGUGUUUUUUGAGUUUGAGAGUGAGUGACUAACAUGACAUUGAGUUCAUUUCUUUUUGUGUAAGAAAAAAAAAAAAAAGAAAGAAAAAGAACCAAGGAGAAAGAUGUGUGAAGUUUUUUAAGUCCCAGGGCCAAAAUUUCUGUAUCUCUUGAACGAAUCAGUUGUUAACUGCACCGGCUUUCUCUUCUCUGCCAUGAUCAACCUUUCAUUAAAUCAUUUACAAAAUAUAACCCCCACCUUUUAUCUUUUUCACUGUUUUUUAUCUAAUCAAAUCCUUUUUUAAUAUAAAACCUUACAAUAUCAAGGAUAUAGUCAUCUUGUUCUACUUAUUUACUCUCUCUCUUUGGUUGCUGUUUCUCUUUUCUGUACCCUUUUCAAUAAAUUUCAUUUUUUUUCUGGGGCGUUUUCUUGUAGACUGAAACAGUUAAAACUGUGCGUGUCUAUCUCUUAGAGUUUCAGCUAGAGAGGUUUUUUUUUUUUAUUUGUUUUUGUGUGGCUAUGGCGGAGGGUUUUGAGCCCUACCAUGUCCCACAACAAAGCAGAAGAGAUAAGCUAAGAAUUGUGGCACAAAACCACUCAGCUUGUGUUGAAUCGACGGCUGUUACACUUCCAGGCUGCUCAGGUCUACUUCCUUUGUACGACGCUUCUCUUCUUUCCUCCGAUUUGUUGACUUGCGCUGCCAACGCUAGUGCUAGCCAUGACUUUCACCAUCACCAGGCCAACCAGCUUUCGGCUUCGGCUUCUGGUAAAAACAGUAGCCUCGUUUGUGGAGUUAAAGAAGGUGUGAAUUCCAUGGGUUUUGUUGGUGGGGUUGUUAAUGGUUCUUCAUCAGCUUCUCAUCAUCACCCUUAUUUGGACGGACAAUCGUCUUUACCCGUGAACCCUAGCUCCAUUCAUGAUAUGAAUAACAGCCCUUUCCUUUAUACCCCGCAAAACCUUCAAACCAUAAGAGAUUUUGACCAGUCUUAUAACAGUGGUGGUGAAGUCGUGGUUUAUAAACCUGAACCUUUGUCCUUGAACCACGAGUCCAGUGCCACUGCUCAGGCCUUGUCUCUUUCUUUAUCUUCUCAUAAUACCCACCAAAACAAUCUUCCUUUGGAGCUAAAUCUACAGAGAUACGGGUCUACCAUCUAUAGUGACAAGGUCACUGACAGUGGUUAUGUGGUUCCAAGCAUUAUUCGUGGCAGCGCUUCUACGUCGAAUGAGGUUUCCAGGGGCUCCCUCCCUCUCGGGCCUUUCACUGGCUACGCUUCGAUUUUGAAGGGAUCCAGGUUUUUGAGGCCCGCCCAGAUGUUAUUAGAAGAGCUUUGCGAUGUGGGUAGGGGACUUUAUGCUGAAAAAAUGACUCCUGAUUCUUCUUUGAUGGACCCUUCAUUGCAGAAUUUGAGUGGUACUGGAAUUAUUGAUGAUUCUCUCAGUGGGGGAGAUGGUGGUGAGAGUAGAAGAAAGAAGUCGAGGCUAAUUUCAAUGCUUGACGAGGUUUACCGGAGCUACAAACAAUAUUAUCAACAGAUACAAGCUGUAGUUGCAUCGUUUGAAUAUGUUGCCGGACUGGGCAAUGCUGCUCCUUACGCAAACUUGGCUUUGAAAGCCAUGUCUAAACAUUUCAGGUGCUUGAAGAACGCAAUCACCGACCAGCUUCAGUUCAUUAAUAAGCCUCAUGGUCGGACAAGCCCGGGAAAAGAUGAAGGUCCAAUGUUUGGAAACACUGAAAGAAGCCUUUAUAACCUAGCUGUUCAUAAUGCUGGGUUCCAUGAGCACCAACCUGUUUGGCGACCUCAACGAGGCCUUCCUGAGCGUGCUGUAACUGUACUUCGAGCAUGGCUAUUUGAACACUUUCUACACCCUUAUCCAACUGACACAGACAAGCUUAUGUUGGCUAAACAAACUGGUCUAUCACGGAGCCAGGUGUCGAAUUGGUUUAUAAAUGCGAGAGUGAGACUUUGGAAGCCAAUGGUAGAGGAAAUACACAUGCUCGAACAAGCUCAAAAAAAUUCGCAGAAGGAGGCUAGAAAUCCGAACAAGUCAAGUGACCAUUUGUCUUCCGCAAACUCUAUCGCACCCGAAAAUCCAUCUACCUCCUUUCAAAGGGCUCAGGAUACCCCAUCAAAGCGCACAAGAAGUGAACCACUUUCCGAUAUACCCCUUGGAAGUGAACCACAUAACUUGACGUACAACAGCUUAUCAAGCCAUCCACAUGUUGGUAUGGGUGUUAGCAUGGCUGGUGGGAGUAAUGGUGUCUCCUUAACACUUGGUCUUCAUCAGAACAAUGGUAUCAGCUUAUCCGAGCCAUUUUCUUUUAAUGCAGCUCAGCGGUUUGGCCUUGGCCUAAGCAGUGAGGGGUAUGUUAUCGGUGGUUAUGAAGCACAAAAUCGGCAUUUUGGCAGGGAUGUUAUGGGAGGACAACUUUUACACGAUUUUGUAGGUUGAAAAAAUGUUUCAGAGAAAAAAAGCUUUCUGGUCAUUAUUUAAUUGGACAGUAUAUUAUACUAACGAAGUUUCGAGUAGAUUAAAGCCAAUAUUGAUUACCAGAAUGCAAGCUGAUUGCCAUC